CACCAAAUUCUCUACCCAGCCCCCUCUUCUAAAAACACACAAUUCUUUUUCCUCUACGUAGCCUUCCCCCAGCUCCACAGAUCCUCCAUCCACCCCUCCUCCCCACUCCCACCGCCCCUUCACCCCCAUUCCCUCUUUCUUUCCGACCCAGGUUCAGUCUGAGAGCCAGGGCUGCAGAGGCUGAGGGACUCGGCAGCACACAGCAGACGCAGCACGCCGGGCUCAGGGUUUGGGUUUACACCAGUGGCUCUGCCCUUCCUCUUCUGGAAGGCCAUUCGUUUGGAGAAGAGAACCCUCUGGGUUUUGAGGACCUCGCCGAGACUUCAAUUGGACCUCAGUGGACUCUACUGGACUCACGUUCAGACCUUGAUAUCUGUAGGAGCCGCUUUGCUUUUUGUUUCAUAACUCCAGCCUGAGCACUGCUGGAUCCUGGUUCUGUCACCAGAAGACAGCCAGACAUCAUCAUCAACGUGAGACCCUUAUCUGUUUCAUUUCUGGAUUCAUCUGUCACUGAUAAGGUUAGAAACAAAUUAUUUCAAUUGAAAUAGUUGAAAUAGCUUUCUUUUUCUAAUUUAUUUUCUUUAUUUUCUAAGAAGACAACAAAGUGGAAAGUACUCCCAGUGGACCUGUGUUCGGGGACUGGAGAGUCUGGGUUCUGGAGAUCAUACAGUGCCGCCAAUCUGACGUUUUGAAGUGCUCUGAGAAGAGGCUACUGUUGGUUUCCUUUGGGGGGGGGGGUUGAGAUCAAGACCCGCAGGGCCUUACAGACCGGCCGGGGUUUGGAUGUGGCUCCGGGCUGACCUUUAAUCCGUAGACGGAAGGGAGAGAGACAGAGACAGAGAGAGAGAGAGAGAGAGAGAGACAGAGAGAGAGACAGAGAGAGAGAGAGAGAGAGAGAGAGAGAGAGGGAGAGAGAGAGAGAGAGAGAGAGAGAGAGAGGGAGGGCAUAAUGUAUCUCCCUUGGAUGCUUCUGCUGCUCUGCGCCUACGGGGCCCCGGCCGCUCGGGGCCAGGCCACGGACGAGGCCCCGCGGCCUGGGGACACGCUGUGCCACGCCGAGCGGGGCUGCUACGCCGUCUUCGUCCAGCGGAAGACCUUCCGGGAGGCGGGCCGCAGCUGCCGGGAGCACGGCGGCACCCUGGCCACGCUGCACAGCGACGCGGCCGCCGACGCCGUCCACCGCCUGCUGGCCUCCAUGGAGCCGCGGGGGGCCCGGGCGCGCCUCCGCCUCUGGAUGGGGCUGCACCGCGCGCCCCGCCAGUGCUCCUCCACCCGGCCGCUCCGAGGAUUCGUCUGGGUCACAGGAGACCAGGAAGGCAAGUACACCAACUGGCUGCGCGAGGAGGCCCCCGGGGCUUGCUUGGGGCCCCGCUGCGUGGCCCUCACCGUGCCCGCCUCUGAGAGCGCCCGGGACGGCGGUGGCGGCGACCACUUCCGCUGGCUGGACGGAGCGUGCGGCCUGUCUCUCGACGGCUUCGUCUGCCAGUACCACUUCAAGGGCAUGUGCCCGCCGCUGGAGCCCGAGGCGGGCGGGGAGCCGCCCCGCUACACCACCCCCUUCCGUCUCACCAGCGCCCUGCUCACCCACGUCCCCUUCGGCUCGGUGGCGGUGGCUGCGCCCUGCCCCGCCGACGCCGACGCCGCCCGCCCGGGCGGUCCCGCGGAGCGCACGGCGCUCUGCGUGGAGCGGGAGGACGGCGGCGUGGGCUGGUCCGCCGCCCUGCCGCUCUGCUCCCCCCCCCGCGGGGAGGAGAUGGAGGACCAGGAGGACCGGGAGGACCCCGACUUUUGCCAGGGCGACCACGGCUGCGAGCACCACUGCCAGCUCACCCGCAGCGACUACGCCUGCUUCUGCUCGGUGGGCUUCACCCUGGACGAGGACGGCUACGGGUGCAACCCCGACGACGACGGCGGGACCACCCCGGCGCCGACCGACGGCUGGGACCACCCCGAGACCAGCAGCCCCCCGCCCCGGGCGGACCCGGCCUGCGUGGCGGCCGGGUGCCAGUACGACUGCGUGGAGGCGGCGCGGGGCGUCCGCUGCACCUGCCCCCCGGGGUACCAGGUGGGCCGGGACGGGCGGGGCUGCGCCGACGUGGACGAGUGCGCCCAGAGGCCCUGCCUGCAGCAGUGCGUCAACAGCCCCGGGACCUUCCACUGCGCCUGCUACCCGGGCUACGGGCCCGACGAGGAGGGCGAGUGCGUGGACGUGGACGAGUGCCUGGACGAGGCCACCUGCCGGGGGGGCUGCCGGAACACCGAGGGCUCCUACAGCUGCCGGUGCGACCGGGGCUACGAGCAGGGCAGCGGCGGCGAGUGCCAGGACGUGGACGAGUGCGAGCGGGAGUCGCCGUGCCAGCAGCGCUGUCUCAACUUUGUGGGGCGGUUUGUGUGCUUCUGCGAGAACGGGUACACCCUGCGCCCCGACGGGGUGACGUGCGAGGCCUUCCCCGAGGACGAGGAGUACUCCACGCUGACCCCCGACCCCGAGGACGGGGCCCCCGAGCCCGACCACGCCGCCUACACCCCGCCCGACGAGGCCGACCCCGGCCGGGGGCGCCCCUGGCUCUCCUCCUACACCCCGGACCCCGGCUUCGAUUCGGACUGGCUCACGGAGCCUCCCGGCGAGACCUCUCCUGACGUAGCUCCUCCCCGCGGCUCCGACGGCCACCUCGACCAAUGGGAGGGCCGCUCCCCGAGGCCACAUCACACGGCCCCGCCUCCCACGCAACCCCGAUCAGACGCCGGCGAGACGGGCGCGGGCGGGGACGCGGGGGACGGGGCGGACGCCGGCGUGGAGGUGCCCAAUCAGCCCGGGUCCCACCCCGGGGCCGUGGCCAAGGUCGGGGGGGGGUCCGGGGGCGGGAUGCGGGACGGCGCCUCGGCCGGGGGGAGGGGCGAGGCGGCUCAGGCGGGGGAGGACUCGGGAGAGGCGGAGUCCGCCGCCGGCAAGCGGAAGCACGACAAGAGCUGGCUGCUGGUGGCCCUCCUGGUGCCGCUGUGCGUGUUCCUGGUGGUGAUGCUGGCGCUGGGCAUCGUGUACUGCACCAGCUGCGCCGUAGACAAGAGCCACCGCCUCUCGGACUGCUACCGCUGGCUGCUGCCCGCCGCCACGCCCGCCGCCACGCCCACCAGCAACGGCAAGCCCCAAGCAUGAACCCUUCCAAUCCCAGAAACAUAUCAACACAUCAACACACAUGAAGACAUGAACACACAUGAACACGCACACGCAGGCACACACAUGAGCACACACAAGAACACACGCACAAUCAGGCACACGCAGGCACAUACGUGGACACACAUCAACACACGCACACUCAGGCACACACACAUGAACACACGCAGGCACACACACAUGAACACACACACAUGAACAAACAUGAACACACAUACACAGGCAGACACAUGAACACAUGCACACACAGGCCUCCUCCCCGCACACCCAUGUGCAACAGGCCCUUACACAUGUCAGAUUGAGUGGUGAAGGAGCAGUAAAACACUAACAGUCAAUAUACUGUUGGCUGGAAGCCAGCAGCUGAGGUCUACCACAUUUCUUUCAACUUUACGUUGCACAAACUUUGUAAAUAAAUACACUCUGAUUAUGUUUUUAUAUUUCAAUAAAAACCAAAAAAAUCUGUACGAAA